AGGUUGCUUCUUGCACAAGUUGUCUCAAAGACGAUGAAAAUCAGGUUGCUUCUUCACGUCAGUUCAUGACGUUUGGGCUCUGAUCAACUCAGGAAAACACUGGACAAAGCCGUGGCCAGAGCUCUGCAAGCAAGAGUUCUCUAGCUCUUAUGUACUCUCACUGGAAACCUAAUUCAAUUUGGAAAAGGACUGUCGAUUGAGGUGAGCUCGGAGCAUUCUAGUCUGGUGCUAACUCAGACUGCGUGCUAGGCAUGGCAGAAUUCGCUAGCAAGUUCAGUGGUUUUCGCACCCCACCGGCGCCUGCGUUAUAUGGAGAAAUUCGGUCAGCAGUCACCGCAGAUGUGGUGGAGAUUGCACUGAUUGUUUCGUUCGUCAUAGUGCUAUUCUCCGUUCUCCUGUCAUCUAUCGGCAUUCUGGACAAGAGAAAGAAAGUAUCGUCCGUGAUCGGUGCCUCCGUUGUGGGAUACUUCUUUAUCUGCAUGCUCUUGUCCAUUUUUGGUUUUGGUUGGCGAGCCGGCUCACUGAAAACAGAAACAGCGUACAGACAGUUCACCAACCAGACAAUACAUGCCAAAGUCGGCUUGCACAUCGGUUUAUACAGCGUCAACAUCACGCUAAAAGGAGAACCUAUCAAGCAACUAUCCGAAGACAUAGACUACAAUGAACACUUUAACUUUGGAGUGCUGCAGGGACGGAUUGGAUUUGGUUCGCAAGCUGGUCUUGUUAGCCAAGAGUUCCGGUCAGCCCAGUUCCGCGGCAUACCCAACCCUAUACUCUGGAUUGCUGAGUACUUCACCAUCGAUGGUGAGCAGAUUCGCUGGGGGCGCCAGUACCGACAGGCCGGAUACUACACAGCACUACUGAUGUGGACUGCCCUUGCAUUCUUCUUCCUCACAGUGUUGACAGCCACAUGGACGCUGGCGUAUAGUGCGUGCCUGUCGUUCUUAACCGGUGUCCUACUGCUAAUGGCUUGCCUCACGUAUAGUCUACUGUACAACAUGGUGGGACCGCCACUCAAAAUACCAUUCGAGGAUGGUGUACUGGAAACUACGUAUGGUUGGAGUUUCAUCCUGACACUCAUCAAUGGUCUUCUCCUGUGUGUACUCGGCAUAGUCAUGAUGGUGCUUUAUCUUUUCUUCCCGGAUAUUGUGCUUGAUCUAUUGGAUAUAGACUUGAAUGAGACAGACGAGAUAGUGCUUAUCGACGAGGAACCUCCAAAUCAAGUGGCACCGGCAGGCCCGAAAAGUGUUAGUCCAGUUACCUCAGACAUCUGGGGCACUCAAACAUCAGAUAGCUUCACUUCCGUAGUCAACAGGCGGCGGGUAGGCAGCAUGCGAACCCUGAACGGGUUUCAGAUCAAGAGAAGACAGCGGAGUCGGCGCAGCCGCAGGGAGGUUGCCGCUUCUCAAUCAGAACCCGCGGACGAAGUUGACAGUGCAGUGUUCAGCAAUUCUUUGGCAACCAUCCAGGUAGAGCCCGAACAAGAGCAACCACUGCCCGAGAAGGGCUACUCAGUUUGUUCUCAGGAUAGUUCGCCAGCCGAGCUAGCAGUACCAGGUGGGGGUAUGCAGAUUCGCAGGAAAAGUAUGGAACUCCUGCAAAAUGCUAUGAAACAGCCCAUUGAGUACGUGACACGGAUCAUAAGUCCGAAGGCCUCUGUCCAUCGCGCUGGAAGCAGGCAAGAAUCAUCUGACGUCUUGCUCAAGAACCCUAAUUUCUCGUUUCACCUCACGGAGGAUUUGACCUACGACGAAGAAGACACCGGCAUGCCUUAGUCGACAGUGAAUGCCUCAACUAAAUGCUCAAGUACAUGAUCGGGCUGCAGUCAAUUUCGCUUCAUUGCAAAGUAACUAUGGAAAUGAAGCCGUCACAGCAUGCUCAGUUAUGUCAUUUCUAUAGACAAAGUAGAUCAUUUGCUCACAAGCGGAUCAGCAUUUUGUGAAGGAUUGGUAUCCUUUGCUCCUAUGCCUGCACAGUUGGUAAUAUAUCCGAUUGCAAAUGUAUGCUAGGGCAUGAUUAAUUUUGUUUACCAAUCGUUCCUAAUUAUUUUGUACUAUUCCAGGUUACAGCCCAAGCUGGCCAGUGCAGUCCAUACGUAUAUAUGUCUACUUCUUCAAGUAUAUUGUUUAAACACAUUAUAUUUGACGUAACUUCAUUUCAGUAAUUUCUGUUCAGAAACCAGGCACCUACAGAUACAUUGCACCUAAAAGGCACUAGAGUAUGCACUAGAGUAUCAUGCACUGUGUGUGAAGGCCAUGAAUGCUGGUCACCCAA